AUGCCGGAGGUGCCGAGGGAACAACUCCGAGAGAGGGCGGCGUGCGGCGACGGCGUUCAACGUGAUAGAGGUGCGGUGGCGGUGCCCGGCAUGAAGAGAACGGCGGCUGCGAGUGUUCUCAUCCCCGCCGCCGCCGGCGUUGCCGAGGUCGCCGACACGUUCCCCGCGACCACCGACGCGGAGAUGGAGGAGGCAGAGAUCGCCGACAACGAUGACUCCGCCGGCGCCGCGCACGGGCAGGUUAGCGGCCAAACGCUCGAGCACGGCUGGGCCUUCUGGCUCGUCAGCCCGCAGGUGGAGGCCGGCGGGAAGGUCGCCUCGGAGAGGACCGUCCACACCUUCUCCACCGUCGACGAAUUCUGGAGCCUUUACAACAAUAUACUUCACCCUAGCAAAUUGGGCGUGGGAGCUGACCUCUACUGCCUCAAGAAUAAGAUUGAGCCGAAAUUGGAAGACCCCAUUUGUGCUAAUGGGGGUAAAUGGGCCAUCAGUUGUGGCAAAGGGAAAUCUGACAAAUUCUGGGUGCAUACAUUGCUGCCAUUGAUUGGUGGACGAUUCGAAUAUGGCGAUGAAAUUUGUGGAGCAGUCCUCAGCGUGCGUGGGACACAGGACAUGAUAGCUGUAUGGACUAAAUAUUCUGCUAAUGAACCUGCUCAGGUAUAUUCAAUUAAAAAAGAACGGAGGGAGUAUUUGUAA